AUGAGCUACGCAAUACGAGAGACUUUCCACGAUGGCGUGGACACUGAAAUCCGGCAUACGCAAGAUAUGGCCCAUUCACUUGCCAGCCCAUCGUCCUCCAAACCCAGCUUUCAAAGAAAUAGCACUUCCGUCCCUGAGCUAAAAGAGCUUCCCUUGCGCCCAUCGGGACCGGAUACCACCAAGGACACUACCCCAAAAUCACGCACGUCGGUCAUGUCCAAUACCCUCAGCAAAUCCACUGCAUUCAUCGUACCCAGUAUGGCACACUGGAAGGAAGAGGGCAGCGCAGGCAAAGCAACCAGCCCGAAAGCGGACAUGUAUGCACUCGCAGGAUCCAUAUCCACCGUCUCCGACAUCCAUCCCAGCUUGCGCGGCCUGCUGGCCGAGCUCACGCUCAUCACGACCGACUACACACGCGACCUCACCGACUUUCGCAACGGCACGCCUUAUUGUAUGCCCGCGGCAUCGUUCGAGAGCCGCCGGAAUGCCAUCCGCACCAUGCAACUGCAGCUGUACGCACGGUCAGUGGCGCUCGACGGCGUCGCUGCCAUGGAAUUGGCGGCGCCAUCACGACCACCGCUCCCAGUACGACGACGGCCAGCACUGCCAGCGGAGGAACCAAGGAAAGUAUCAGCAGCAUUGUUUGCGUGGGUAACGUCGUUAGAAUCCCCAGAUAAAAAGGAUAGAGAAGCCAAAGGAAAAGCGAAGAAAGAAAAAGAAUCAAAAAGCAGCAAACACGGCGGCCUGAAAGGGAUCCUGAAAACCGAAGAAAAAAACAAAGACAAGCAAAACGGCCCGCCACCUCGCAAAACCGUACACUUCCCGCCCACGCUCAGCCCGCAGCGGCCCCGCCCCCGCAACGCCUACCUGCGCAACACACGCAGCUACAAGCGGGGACGGUGGGCGGCCUCGCGCUACAGCGACGGCUGGCUGGAUACGAGCGGCCGCCGCGUCUCCGAAGCAGAGUUCUACAUGCCCGAGGGGCGGCGCAGCGCGUACGGGCUCUGCGUGGACACGAUCAACGCGAUCCGCGAUGGCAUGCUGGGGCUAGGUGAGGGCAACGAGACGGCGGUGUGCGACGACGAGCCCGAGUGCUGCGAGUGGGAAGUCAAGGAGCGGGAGGACGAGUGGGCCAGCGGCUUCGAGCUGCCCCUCCCGCCCAAGGCGUACGUCGGGCGCGAGAAGUGGCAUGCGGUCGAGCGCAGGGCAGCUGCUUUCAGCAGGCCGCGCUCUGCCUCAUCCAAGCCAGCCUCCUCUGCGAGCCAUGCUGCCCGCUCCCGCGCCGCGCCUGGCAGCGCGCUGCUUGCGCGAGGUGCUGCGGCUGCGGCGGCCGCUGCCGCAGUGGUGUCGAAAAAGGAGGCGACCAGUGCCUCGAGAUCCGACGCAGAGGUCACGGAGUGCAGGACCUGCUGUGGCUGCACGAAAGAAAGCUUUUCCAGGCCAUCGGCCAGCCAGGCCAGAAGCAGCAACAACUUUAUCAACGGAAAAAGCACGAGCAUGAGCCCCAGCCCUGCCAAAACCACAACCGCAGUCACCUUGCCCAGAAACGAGACGCCGAAAGCGCAAGCGCAGGCGCCGGCGUCAGAAGGACGGAAAACGGACUGCAGGCGCGUGGUUGCGGUGCGCGAGCGCGUCCCCAGCGCCAGCGACAGCAGCAGCUGUGGUGGCAGUAGUAAACACCGCCCCACCACCUCCCUCACAGCCACAAACCUCAGCCUGCUCGACUCCCUCAACACCUCCACCCAAACACAAACCCAAACUCAAAAAACACCACCACCACCGCCGCCAAAACCGAAAAUUAAACACAGAUUCAGUGUCAAUGGCAAUUCGAACUCAAAUCCCAAACCAAAGCCGAAGCCGAAGCCUCCGCCUAGGCCUCCUACGCCUAUACCUAUGCUUGGGGAGAUGUUGGGCUCGGAGAGGGACGGGUAUGAGGGUUGUAGUUUUGUUGAGGGGGGUAGGUUUGUUUAAGGGGGAAGGGGUGGUAGUGCGUGGUAGUGAAUAUAGAUAGUAUAGUAUCGUAUCGUAAGUAAUUUGGCAUCCAAUAUCGACAUUGAUUUUGGGUGAAGGAGAGGAAUGGGAAUGGGAAUGCAAGGGUGGGGUUCGGAUGGGAGGGGAUGGGAAGGAGUGAUAGGUAGAGGGGGAAUGAAGGCGGAUGAUGGUUAUAUAUAUACUUAUAUACAUAUGUCAUGCAUAUAUAUGUACGUACGUAUCUUGUUUGUGAGUGAGCUCGUGUGCUGUACU